UCUACAAAACUCUCUGCACACGACAAACUUCCAACAUUCAUUCACCAUCGUCAAAGAAAAGUAAUGGUGGGUAAAAGAAACGAAUCAUGGAUGCCAGCAUAAAACUUACCCAUUGCGAACAAAAUCGUGUCUAAGGGAUCACGACCCACAAAUGUAGUCCCUGACCCCCUUGGACGACGGGCAAACCCAUUAAUGCCCACCGAAAUUGCUGCUGGAGGGUAGGACAGAGACGCCGGUAAUCGGGAGAACAGGGUGCCUGCACUAGGAUCCGGGGCAGCCGUAGACCCAGAUCGGUGACUAGCGGAGGGGACCUGCGAUGAGUCCUAGCUAGAGACACGCCAUUCGUCUCGUUGAGCCACGAACUGACGAACUAAUGCAGAAGGAAGGUAUUGAAUUCCACCAUGAACUGCCCAGCAUUGACCUUUCCAUAUCCUCCAACAAAGGAAGGUGAUCUCGACAACCUGCAAUUUGGACAAGUGCAACGAGAAGAACAAGUGCUUCCAAGCAUUAAUAGGAUCCAAUACCUCUAAUUGUUGACGGAGAGAGUUAAGUCCGGCAAGCGGCCAAACUCCCCUAGCUACUCUGCAUUGGAAAAAACAGUGAGUGAAAGACUCUUCAUCCUCCGAGCAAACAGGACAAGUGGCGGCAGUGACAAGCUUUUUGCGGAGGAGGACCGAUUGAAUAGGCAGGAAACCACGGACCAACCGCCAUAGAAAAUUUCGUAACUUUGGAGGCAUGGGCAUGCUCCAUAAGAAUUUCCAAAACCUACCAUCAAAAAGUAAAACAGGAUGGGGGUGGCGAGCAUUAAGUUCAUUAGUUAAAACAUGAUAGCCGGUUUUAACUGUAUACUCCCCCGAAGCAGAAAAAUGCAAAACCAAACGAUCCUCUGAUGGGUGCAAGGCCAAUGGAAUGCCUAGAAUGAGCAUGACCGUGUCGGGAGCGAAGAGAGAGACCAGGAGAUUUAUGUUUUUGCUUAUUGAACAUAUAUUUUCUAAUAAUUAUAUUUUUCCUUUUUCCGCCUGUUGGGUUUAAACACAUUGAAAGAAGACGUAUUGCAGUUGAAGAAGAUAAGUGUUUAAUAAAUAUGUAUUCUGGGUGAAGAGACGCGUUGGUUACUCAUAAUUAAGUUGUAUAUAUAUGUGUGUAACUGAAUAGAUUAUUAAUGAAAUAAAGAAAAUUCAGACUAUCUUUCUUUUACUACUUCUGUAAGCGAAUUUCCUCAAUCCCUUCUAAAUCUACAUUUGGUAUCAGAGCGUGGCUUGAGAGACAUGGGCGAACGCGAGGAAAUAGCGUACCAAUCCAAUAUCCAAUGUUAACGGAUACGAACUAUGGAUUGUGGUCUGUAAAGAUGAAAAUAAUCAUGCGCUCUUUAGGCGUAUGGGCGGCAAUUGAAGGCGAUGACCCUGUCGAUGAAGAAAAAGAUCAAGGCGCGCUGGCCGCUAUAUCGCAAUCUGUGCCAGACUCUGUUAUGAUGUCAAUUGAAGCAUCAGAAAUGGCGGCUGAGGCAUGGGAAGAGAUUCGUAAGAUGCGAAUUGGAGAAGAGCGUGUGAAGAAAUCAACCAUUCAAGCGUUAAAACGGCAAUUUGAUCGGUUGAUUAUGGAUGAUUCCGAAGAAAUCGGAGAGUUUGCAACAAAACUGAUUUCACUGGUGAGUGAGAUUCGUACCAUGGGAGGAGAACUGAAAGAUGCACAAGUUGUGGAGCGGUUUUUCAGUGCAGUUCCUGAUCGGUUCUCAUCUAUCAUUAGUACGAUAGAACAAUGGGGAGACGUGGAGGCAAUGUCCGUAUCUGAAGCCGUAGGAAGAUUGAAGGCAUUUGAUCGGAGUACACGUACUCGCCGAAGUGAACGAAAUGAAGAUGGGAAUGAUCAACUUAUGAUGGUGACUCGUGGGCAGAUUAAGAACAUGAUUCAAAAAGGAAGGAUAAUCGGAGAAGGGUCUAGUGAAAGGUCACAUGCAAGCCGUCAAGAUGACGACGUUGAACGAAGAAAUUCUGAUGUGAAGAAGGAGAAGAAACAUCGGAAGUUUGAUAAAAGUAAAAUCAAAUGCUUCAAUUGCAAUGUAAUGGGGCAUUUUGCCUCAGAAUGUCGAAAGCCAAAACGAGAAAGAGCAAACCUCGUACUGGAAGAAGAUGAUGACGUAGAUGAACCUGCGUUGCUUAUGAUGGAAUCUUGUGAGAUUGCAACUCUAGGAGUUGCAUCGAAGGGAGAGGUCUACCUGAGUGAAGAAAGGGUACUUCCAAAGUUAAUAGGAAGUCAAACUCAUUCUUGGUAUCUUGACUCAGGGGCAAGUAAUCACAUGACGGGGAUUGUUGAGAAAUUUGUGGAACUUGACGAGUCCAUACAAGGCAAAGUGAAAUUUGGGGAUGGUUCAUCUGUGGAAAUAUGUGGUAGAGGAUCGGUUCUUCUGCAGUGUGGAACGGGAGAACAAAAGGUUUUGACCAAUGUUUAUUAUAUCCCACAACUAAAAAAUAAUAUUAUAAGCAUGGGACAACUUGACGAAAAUGGUUGUAAGAUUGUCAUUGAAGAUGGCGUCAUGUGCGUGUUGGAUCGGCAACGAAAGAUGCUUGCAAAAGUGAAGAGGGCUAGGAAUCGCCUUUAUAUUCUUAGCAUCACCGAAGCCCAGCCGGUUUGUCUUAUGACAAAACACAACGAUGAAUCGUGGUUGUGGCACUCGAGGUUUGGACAUGUAAAUUUCCUAUCCUUAAGGAGGUUGGUGCAAGGAAAUAUGGUCAACGGGAUGCCUCUUAUUGAUCACGUUGAAAAAAUAUGUGAUGUAUGUAUGGUUGGAAAGCAAAGAAGAAAUUCAUUUCCAGGCAAGGCAAAGUAUCGUGCAACAGAACCGCUUCAGUUAGUGCAUGGGGAUUUAUGUGGUCCAAUCACACCUUCUACACAUGGUGGAAAAAGGUACUUUUUGUUAUUGGUUGAUGAUUAUUCUCGUUACAUGUGGGUUGUGUUGAUUAAGAAUAAAGCCGAAGCCUUUAAUGCAAUAAAGAAGAUACAAGUUAUGGCUGAAGUUGAAUCAGGGUGCAAACUGAAGAUACUCAGAACCGAUCGUGGUGGCGAGUUUACCUCGAACGAGCUUGAAAGCUAUUGUGAAAAUCUCGGAAUGAAGCAUCAACUCACUGCUCCCUAUUCUCCGCAGCAAAACGGAAUAGUGGAGAGACGAAAUCAGACAAUUGUGGGCAUGGCGCGAAGUUUAUUGAAAAGUAUGAAUGUGCCAGCGACUUUUUGGGGCGAAGCUGUAAUGACGACUGUGUAUCUACUCAAUCGUGCUCCAACGAAGAGUGUGAUAGGUAAGACACCGUACGAGGCUUGGCAUAAGCAUAAACCUGAUGUUAGACACCUCCGUACUUUCGGUUGUGUUGCUCACGUCAAGACGGUUGGUAAACAUCUCUCUAAGUUGGAAGAUAGAAGCAAGCCAAUGGUGUUCAUAGGAUACGAGUCACCUGUUUCGAAAGCCUAUCGGAUGUAUAAUCCUGCGACGCAGAAGUUAGUUGUGACAAGAGAUGUGGUGUUUGAUGAAGGACGGAAAUGGGAUUGGACAAAGGACGAUCAUCACAAAGAUAUGGCGGUCAGAGGAAGUUUUUUCUUCCAAAUUAAUGCAAGUCCUGUCAUCAACGACAAACUACCUCAGGGAGAGCAAGAGCAUUAUGUCACUGAACCUGGAACACCAAACUCGCAUAUCAUCUCAACACAUGAAGACAAUGAAGCUACACCAGGAAGUUCAAGCGUAGGCCCUCGUGGAAUUCGUAACUUGGAUGAUGUCUAUAAUGACACGAGUAUGGUUGAUCUCGAAGAAUGCUUAUUCUGCAUGGAAGAACCAUCAAACUUUCUUGAAGCUAAGAAACAAGCCAAGUGGCUGAAGGCUAUGAAGGAGGAAUUAAAAUCGAUUAUUGAUAACAAAACUUGGGAGCUGGUUGAUCUACCGAGAGGACACAAGCCUAUCGGCCUCAAAUGGGUGUUUAAAUUAAAGAAGGAUUCGAAUGGAGUUGUGACCAGACAUAAGGCGAGGUUAGUCGCAAAGGGAUAUGUUCAAAAAUACGGAGUUGAUUUUGAAGAAGUUUUUGCUCCAGUAGCUCGAAUGGAAUCGAUCAAGCUUAUGCUUGCAUUGGCAGCCCAAAGAGGAUGGGAGGUUCAUCAUAUGGAUGUGAAGUCCGCCUUCUUAAACGGAGAACUUAAGGAAGAAGUAUAUGUGUUACAGCCUCCGGGAUUCGAAGUAUGCGGGGAAGAACACAAGGUCUUAAAGUUACAUAAAGCAUUAUAUGGUUUACGACAAUCUCCUCGGGCGUGGAAUACAAAGUUGGACAAGACCUUAAAAUCUCUCGGUUUUGUUAAGAGUCCAGUGGAACAUGCAAUUUAUAGAAGAAACAAAAAUCAGUCAAAUCUUAUUGUGAGAGUUUAUGUGGAUGAUCUAAUCAUCACAGGUGAUAACGUGGAAGACUUGCACUCUUUCAAGUAACAGAUGAAGAGCAUGUUCAGCAUGAGCGAUCUUGGACUAUUAAGCUAUUAUCUGGGCAUUGAAGUCAAGCAGCAUUCACAAGGUAUUUCUUUGCACCAAGCAGCCUAUGCUUCUCGUCUCUUGGUUAAGUGUGGUCUGGAAAAAUGUAAUGCUGCUCAGACUCCAAUGGAACCAAAAUUGAAGUUGCGAAAGGUUAGUAGUGGGUUAUCAGUUGAUAUUACCUAUUAUCUAAGUAUUGUUGGUAGUUUGAGAUAUUUGGUACACACUCGACCUGAUAUUAGUUAUGCUAUUGGGUUAGUAAGUCGAUAUAUGGACUGUCCUACUACUGAGCAUCUAGCAGCUGUAAAACAUAUCCUGAGAUAUGUAAAGGGGACGUUAACAUUAGGCUGUCACUACAAGAGGGAAGUUGGUGAUAAUUUCAGCCUCAUUGGGUACAGUGAUAGUGAUUUGGCCGGUGAUGCCGAUGAUAGAAAAAGUACUACCGGUGUGGUUUUCUUUCUAGGCUCUAGUCCAAUCAGUUGGAUUUCACAAAAGCAAAAGGUUGUUGCCUUAUCUUCAUGUGAAGCAAAGUAUAUUGCAGCAACAUCAGCAGCAUGUCAAGGGAUUUGGUUGGGAAGGUUGUUAGCAGACUUCUUGGGGACAGAGAGCAUUGAAGUAAUAUUGAAGAUUGAUAAUCAGUCGGCAAUUUCUUUAAGCAAGAACCCAGUUUACCAUGACCGGAGUAAACACAUUGAUAUUCGAUAUCACUUCAUUCGUGAAAGUGUUGAAACAGGAAUGAUCAAUAUCCAACACACUCGCUCAGAAGAUCAACUUGCUGACAUACUAACUAAGUCGUUGGGAAGAACAAGAUUUCUUGAGAUGAGGAACAGAAUUGGGAUAGAAGCUGUCACAAUAUAAGCAAUGUGUUUAAGGGAGAGAAUGUUGGGUUUAAACACAUUGAAAGAAGACGUAUUGCAGUUGAAGAAGAUAAGUGUUUAAUAAAUAUGUAUUCUGGGUGAAGAGACGCGUUGGUUACUCAUAAUUAAGUUGUAUAUAUAUGUGUGUGAUAUAUAUGUGUGUAACUGAAUAGAUUAUUAAUGAAAUAAAGAAAAUUCA